GUUACUGAAAGUAAGUUAAAGAUAUAUCAUCCGCCUCUAACUUUGAGAUUUCUUGUCCCACCACUUUAGAAUGUAAAAUAAGUUCUGAAAUGUAAGACACGCCCUCUGCUUAGCGUCAGAGUUCAGUUCGGCCCUUUUACGAACUUUUGCCGACUCUGUCAACAACCUUUCGGAUUGUCCCAUGUGGAAACCCCGCCCCCCUGCGUUGCACGAGGAACCGCCGUGCUGUUAGCAGCCACGUCAGUGGGUGAAUGUGAUAAUACAACAAGCUGUCCUUUGCUUCCCGUAGGUGGCUAGGGGCUGUGCGGAGCCCCUUUGGUUCAGAUCUGGCACUAUGGUGGUGCUAACAAUGAUUGCCAGAGUCCAGGACGGACUUCUACUGGCAGCAUCUAUGCAGGAAAACGAACAGUCUGGAAGAAGCCUUCAAGAAUACCAGAUGCAAGCCAAACAACUGUUCCGCAAGCUGAAUGAGCAUUCUCCUUCACGGUGUUCCUUGGAGGCAGGACCCAUGAUGUUCCACUACCUUAUUGUACAAGGGGUGUGUUACCUCAUUCUGAGUGAAGCAGCCUACUCCAAGAAGUUGGCCUAUUCCUAUCUGGAGGAGUUGCAAGCAGAAUUCAGUGAACUUUAUGGAAAGAAAGUUGCCACUGUGUCCAGACCAUAUGCCUUCAUAGAGUUUGAUAGUUAUAUCCAGAAGUUAAAGAAGACCUACAUUGAUUCAUGGUCCCGACGCCAUCUCAGCUCUAUUAACACUGAACUACAGGAUGUGCAGAAGAUUAUGGUAACAAAUAUUGAAGAAGUCCUCCAGAGGGGUGAGGCCCUCUCAGCUCUGGAUACCAAAGCAAGUAAUCUAUCAACACACUCUAAGAAGUAUCGUCAGGAUGCCAAAUACCUCAAUACUAGAUCCACUUAUGCCAAAGUAGCAGCCACAAGCAUAGCCUUCAUCAUGUUGAUGAUCUACAUUAGAUUUUGGUGGUUAAUCUAGAGUGGAUAUUUUGUGAAUACUGUAAUAUGGAUUUCAGCCUUAAAUGGACUGCAUCAUUGUUUGGAUAGCAUGAUGCACAGUAAUUUCAUCAGUGUUUCUGCCUGUUCUGCGGUGUCCUUUUUCUAAUACUGAAGCCUUGAUGACUGAUUGCUGCAGCCAGGCAAAGACUGAAACUGUAAUAUUUUUAUCUGAAUAUUGUACAUUUUUUUUAACAAAAAAGAUUGAGGUUAAGCCAGGUUGUGGAUACUGAUAUUUUGCACACACCUUUUAAGUGUGAUGUAAUUAUUUUUAUGUUGACUUGCACAUGCACAAGCAACACUUGAAUUCAUCAUUGUGUAGUAGCAUUCAUUUGUGCACCUAUCCAUUCGUCUAUCCAGUUUUGGAGUUGUUUGUGUAGACUUUAACCUGCAUCUGUCAUGUUGCUGUAUAGUGCACUGCUGACUGAUGCACUAUAUAGAAAAUCUUAUUGUUGCAGUGAAAUUAUAUAGUAAUAUGCCAGAAUGUGUAAGAAGAGAUAUCCUUAGCCACAAAUGGUCACAAGACUCUCUUAGAAGUAGCCUGUCAAACAAUGUCUUAUCAGUCAGUAUGGUGGGGUCACUGCUGUUGCUCAAGUCCUCAGUGGUCUGUAAACAGAUAAUCAUUGAGUGUGUAAAUGGCAUUAGUUACUUGUACAGAGUCAAGCCAUCUUCUACUGAUUUUAACUGUAUUCAUUAGUGUUUUAGCUGCACUUCAGAAGGCAGUUUGAUGGAAGCAUAAUUUUCAAGAUCCAGCAGGAUAAAUAGGGAAAUGAGAGCCAACGUCUACAGCAUCUGUCCCUUUACAUGACUGCAGGCAUGAAAUAAUUAAACAGUCACAUUUUAGAGUGCAAAAGUAAAAAGAAACUACCAGAAGAGGAAUUUUACUUUUAAGCUAGAAAGGUCAGUACAUGCUCAGCAGCUGUAGGACAUAGUUUGUCUUUUUGUUGCUGUUAGUAUAUUGUCUUUUUAUCAAAAGGAAAUAUUCACUAAUCACAAUACUGUUUGACUAGUAGCAAAGUACAACACUGCAGUCUUGUUACAGACUAAGGCUGCAUUGUGAAUUUUUUCAUUGACUUGUGAUAAUGAUUUGCGGGUAUGUCUAAUCAGCAUUAGACUGUACCCCAAUCAUUCAGUUAUGGUUGAACUAGCUGUGGAUUGUGAAUCUGCUCUGAAGUAAAGAGCUUGUACACUGUGCACCAUGCAGACCACAGAUAGGGGCAUUCCUGAACUGGACAUUGGACAAUGGAUGCUUCCACAGAGUGGGCCAGCUGUUAUCUACCUUGACGUCUUUCUGGAAAUCCAGAGGUGUGAGUGUGUUUUGGAAUGGGUUCAGUGUUGUGUUUUUCUGGGUAGGAUCUCCUGAUCUAGCCGCUGAGAUGUGACAUUUUCAUGGAGUGAACAAACUGCUGUUUACCACCCAAGCUUCUGGUUGUGGAAUCUUGAACUGGACUCUGGUCUGCCGGGUUUGUAGCGAAGUGCAUGGGGUUUCCAUAUGGAGCAUAAGUAGAUCAUACUGAAAACUGUGCUUAUGGUGUUGGAGAUGGGUAUUUUUGGGGCAGUACUCGUGAAGUGUCCUCCUUCAAGCUAGACUCUCUAUUGUGCUGGGCCUAUUGCUUGGCUUUAGAAGCAGCUAUCACUGACUGUAUAAUGAAGUAGAGAAAAUAUACUCUACUAAAUCGGGGACAGGCUGUGUCCUUUGUUACAAGGAUGAUCUCCCAUUUCUGUGGAGUAUCUCCUGAGGUUCCUUCAUUCAAGAGUCUUGAGUGUGACAAACCUAUGAGACUGGUGCAAGUUGCAGGAAGAUCUUUGUUCAUGUUGUUUGCAUUUUAUAAUAAAUCCUUAAGAUCUCAAAUUGUUUGCAAGCUUUUAAUUGUCACGGUUAACUAGUAUAAAAAGUCUCUGAAUUUCAUUUAAAACUUCCCUUUUGUUGGAAUAAACAGGACGGUGUUUUGAAUUUUA